AGUAGCGCUGAGCCACAGGGGAGCUGAGUGACAGCCCGCACAGCACACCAUCACUGACAAACCUUGUGAUUGAUUUUCUAUAACAUGGGACCGACAGGAGAGGUGGUGUUUGACAGCCCGGGGCGUGUCUGCUCUGAGAACCGCCUGCGCUGGGACCUGGACGCCGAGCAGAUCCAGCGGCUGUCGGAGGAGCUCAUCGCCAGCACCAAGCAGGUGUACGACGCCGUGGGUGGGCUCGACCUCGCCGCCGUCACCUUCGACAACACGCUGAAGGCCAUCGCCGACGUCGAGGUCGAGUACACAGUCCAGAGGAACAUGCUGGACUUCCCCCAGCACGUUUCCCCCAGCAAGGAGGUUCGGACAGCGAGCACCGAGGCUGACAAGAGGCUGUCUGAGUUCGAUGUGGAGAUGAGCAUGAGGGAGGACGUCUACCAGAGGAUCGUCGCUCUGGAGAAGAAGAUCGAUGCCGACAGCCUCAGUGCAGAGUCCAAGAGGUACAUGGAGCGACUGAUCAAACUGGGCAAGAGGAACGGCCUCCACCUGCCCAAAGAGACACAAGAGGAGAUCAAGACGAUCAAGAAGAAGCUGAGCAACCUCUGCAUCGACUUCAACAAGCAUCUGAAUGAAGACACCACCUGCCUGUCCUUCACCAGGGAGGAGCUGGGCGGCCUGCCGGAAGACUUCCUCAGCUCCCUGGAGAAGGACGGAGACAAGCUGAAGGUGACGCUGAAGUAUCCUCACUACUUCCCCACCAUGAAGAAAUGCUUUGUCCCCGAGACCCGCAGGAUGCUGGAGGAAGCCUUCAACUCCCGCUGCAAAGAGGAGAACUCUGCCAUCCUGAAGGAGCUGGUGGAGCUUCGGGCUCAGAAGAGCGCCCUGCUGGGCUUCAGCACCCACGCCGACUUCAUCCUGGAGAUGAACAUGGCCAAGAGCGGCAAGAAGGUGGCCAGCUUCCUGGAGGAGCUCGCUCGCAAACUGAAGCCGCUGGGCGACGAAGAGCGAGCGGUCAUCCUCAAGCUCAAGGAGAAGGAGUGUGAGAAGAGGGGACUGCCUUUUGACCGGCAGCUCCACGCCUGGGACACGCGCUACUUCAUGACCCAGGUGGAGGAGACGCAGUAUGCGGUGGAUCAGAACCAGCUGAAGGAGUACUUCCCCAUGGAGGUGGUGACUCAGGGUCUGCUGGACAUCUACCAGGAGCUGCUGGGGCUGAGCUUCCAGCUGGUGGACGGCGCCCCCGUGUGGCACCCCGACGUCACGCUGUACUGCGUCACCGACCGGAUGUCCGGCCAGGUGGUGGGCCAGUUCUACCUCGACCUGUUCCCCAGGGAGGGGAAGUACGGCCACGCCGCCUGCUUCGGCCUGCAGCCCGGCUGCCUGCUGCCCGACGGCACGCGCCAGAUGUCGGUGGCCGCCAUGGUGGCCAACUUCAGCAAGCCGACGGCGGACGCCCCGUCGCUGCUGCAGCACGACGAGGUGGAGACCUACUUCCACGAGUUCGGCCACGUCAUGCACCAGCUGUGCGCUCAGGCGGACUACGCCAUGUUCAGCGGGACUCAUGUGGAGCGGGACUUUGUGGAGGCUCCGUCCCAGAUGCUGGAGAACUGGGUUUGGGAGAAGGAGCCGCUGCAGAGGAUGUCCCGCCACUACAAGACAGGAAGUCCCAUCCCCGACGACCUGCUGGACAAACUCAUCAAGUCCCGCCUCGCCAACACCGGUCUGUUUAAUUUGAGGCAGAUCGUUCUGGCUAAAGUCGACCAGGCCCUGCACACCAGGUCUGGCCUCGACCCGGCAGAGGAGUACGCUCGCCUCUGUGAGGAGAUCCUGGGAGUCCCCGCCUCCUCAGGAACCAACAUGCCCGCGACCUUCGGGCACCUGGCCGGCGGCUACGAUGCUCAGUAUUACGGUUACCUGUGGAGCGAGGUGUUCUCCAUGGACAUGUUCUACGCUCGCUUCAAAGAGGAAGGCAUCAUGAACCCCAAGGUCGGUCUGGACUACAGGAAGUUCAUCCUGCGGCCCGGCGGCUCUGAAGACGCCUCUGAGAUGCUGAGGAAGUUCCUCGGGCGGGAACCGAAACAAGAAGCUUUCCUCCUGAGCAAAGGACUGACAGUGGAGCAGGACGCGUCCGCGCCGAGCCCGUGUUGACCAAUCACGUAACUCCCCCCGCUCCCUUCCAGACAACCCGCUGAUCACUACACCUGACGGUAACCAAGGACUACGGUUUUCUAGAAAAUAACUAAACAGAAACCCAAUGUGGAAAAAGAUGAAUAAAUAAAAGAAUUUGAAGCGA